AUGGUCAACGCAGACCCACGAAUCUCAGACGCUCAGCUUGCCCAGAUCAACGCGGCCGCCGCGUUCCCCUCUUACAACGAAAUCGUCCAACUCACCCUGCCCGAUGGAACCACUCGAGGGGGUCAAGUGCUCGAAGUCAGUGGUAAGAAAGCCAUCGUACAGGUGUUCGAAGGCACCUCCGGAGUCGACACCUCGGCUACUAGAAUCGCCUUCUCCGGUUCAUCCAUGAAGCUCGCUGUGUCUGAAGAUAUGUUGGGAAGAGUGUUCAACGGUAGUGGCUCCCCCAUCAACCCAUACUCCCGUAUCUACCCCGAGGAGAUGAUCCAAACGGGUAUCUCCACCAUCGACACGAUGAACUCUAUCGCUCGAGGACAAAAGAUCCCCAUCUUCUCUGCUGCUGGUCUCCCCCAUAACGAGAUCGCCGCGCAAAUCUGUCGACAAGCUGGUCUCGUGAAACGUCCCGGAGCCACUAAAGGUGUUCACGAUGGUCACGAAGACAACUUCUCCAUCGUCUUCGCGGCUAUGGGUGUGAACAUGGAAACCGCCCGUUUCUUCAAGCAAGACUUUGAGGAGUCUGGAUCUAUCUCUAACUCUACCCUUUUCGUCAACCUUGCUUCCGAUCCAACUUACGCCGAUGCUCUUCGAGAGGUAUCUGCUGCUCGAGAAGAAGUGCCCGGUCGACGAGGAUACCCUGGUUAUCUCUAUACCGAUUUGUCAACGCUGUACGAACGAGCUGGACGAGUCGAGGGCAGGAACGGAUCUAUCACUCAGGUGCCCAUCUUGACCAUGCCUAAUGAUGAGGGCCAAAUCUUCGUCGAUCGACAAUUGCACAAUCGACAAAUUUACCCUCCUAUCAACGUGCUCCCUUCUCUCUCCCGAUUGAUGAAGAGUGCUAUCGGUGAGAAGCUUACCCGAAAGGAUCACGGAGAUGUGUCCAAUCAAUUGUACGCCAAAUACGCCGUUGGUAAAGACGCUGCUUCAAUGAAAGCGGUCGUUGGUGAAGAAGCUCUCUCAGCCGAUGACAAACUCGCACUUGAAUUCCUUGACCGAUUCGAAAAGGAAUUCGUGGGUCAAGGCAGUUACGAAGCUCGAACCAUCUUUGAAUCUUUGGACAUUGCCUGGGACCUUCUUCGAAUCUUCCCCAAAGAAUCCCUCAACCGAAUCAACCCAAAGAUUCUCGCAGAGUUCUACUCUCGAAAGACCACUCGACAACCCGAGGAGAAGAAAGAGGAAAACCUCAUAGAUGCUUGA